UCUCGCCAGGUUGCUUGCUACUGCUCAUGGUCGCCGGGGCCGCUCGAUCGACGAGGACGACGAUUCAAACUUGUCAAUAUAUACACAACUCUCACACCCGCUACAAUCCUUUGAGAUCCGACAACUAUCAUCCUACUUAGCUACUCACAUACCUAGAUAACAAGGAACUUAAGCCGGUUCUUUUGCACUGGAUGCGAUUCGAGCUGUGAUCGAAGCUGAACACGGCCGCAAACGACGACACUUUCGGUUUUCGGACUAAGGAGCAUCUGCGACCGGGACUUGAGAUAAGACACUUUGCGGACACCAUGGCACAGCCAUUCGUGUCAUCCUUGAUCGGCCAAAUCCGUGUAAUCUUAGCGAAAGCGGAUCUGGAUUCAGUAUCAGCGAAAGCGGUCCGAAAGACUCUUGUAGCGCAAGGCGUUGACGCUGAACAGAUCAAAGCGCACAAGGAAGAAAUCGAUGCUUCGAUUGCCACAAUAUUCAAUGAAAUCAGGUCCGGACCUUCCGAGCCAGCGGUACAUGCUACUCCCGCCGAUGGUCCGAAACCUCAAAAAAAGCGCAGCCUGUCUGACGCUUCCGAGAGCCGACCGGUCAAGAAGGCCAAGCCAGCCCGCGCUGUAGGUGCGGUGGACGACGAAUCCUACGCAAGAGCUCUGCAGGCAGAACUGAAUGGGAUCUCGAGAGGAGCGCGGACCAGUCGAAGCGGUCAGACCAGUACGCCUACCAAGAUGAAAGGCGCAAGCAGCUCCAAAGGCAAAUACAAGAGCGCAGCCGUUCUGAGCGGAAGCGACGAAGAGGGUGUCUCUGGUGUCGCCACGGGCAAAGCCGCAAAGAAGAAGAAGCGGAGCAAAUCAGCGACUGACGCCAACGGCGAGGUAUCAGAAACAGGCUUCAACCGACCUUUUCUACUGUCUCCAAGUCUUGCUACGCUUCUGGGCGAGACUCAUUUAUCACGACCCAAGACGGUCAAGGCGCUUUGGGCCUAUAUCAAGGAGCGGGAUCUCCAGGAUCCUAAAGACAAGCGGUACAUCUGUUGUGACGAAGCGAUGCGAGCCGUCUUUGCGUCGGACAGGGUUCACAUGAUGGGAAUGAACAAGGUGCUGAGCAAACAUUUAUAUAAUCCCGACGACGUGGUAGCGUAAAGGGCCCUGGGGUACGAUAUGCACACGUGGGCGGCCGUGUCACUCCUCUUGUCAUCUUCUUGCCUACCCUCCACAUAUAACUACUUUCGCUGUCGCCCAUCUUGGGGCCAUAUCUCCUAGUUGCUUCGAUAUACAUCAAUCGAAAUGGCUCCGAGCGUCCAAGAAUCGAUGAGCUCGUCUCUGCAUCAAUGAUGCUGAACAAUCUUGACGGUCUAUUCUUAUUUGAUUUUAACGGCAAUCAAAACAAGCACAACAUAAUUACCCUUGUUGGGUCCCAUCGAAGAGACUCCGAUCAUGUGGUCGACGUUGGCGGGAUGCGAGGCAAGGGAAGUGACUAAGACGGCCCACUCUUUACCUUUUCGGGACCGAGUUGUAAGAUCGGAGGUCGGAGGAGGAGAACAGGCGGGGGUGUAAUGGUCUCGCCGGGCGCCCCGAAAGCCACUACAUCCUUGUCAUCUAUAUCCUCCCCUUGUAGCCAAGCUCUAAUGAUACG